AUGGGAGUUCAUAUGGAUCGCUGGGCACUUUUUAUCUUGUCGCUGCUACCCCGUAUCAGGGCGGUUUCACUUAAUUUCGAUGACAUUCCGCAGGAACGGCGACAAGAGGCAGCUACCAACCUGACGAAUGCCAUGUCAUAUCUGAACACAACACGAGAGUUGAGCAUGACGCUGCAUCAAGCGACUGCGCGAGAUACAUUGGAUGUGUUUCUCAAAGCGGCCUUCCAUCCGCGAGGUCCACGUUCCUUGUGGCGUGGGAUUGUCCGAGACCAAUCUCGAGAACCUUUCCACUUUGUUGAACGACAACCCCAUCCGAAACUGAGCAUCAGGCUCCAAAAAAGAUUUUCUGCGUCCACUAACAGAAGCACUAAAAAAGAAUACAUCUUUGACUUAUCUCUGCGUCAGCAGCGGUAUGAGCGGCAGGGAUCCGCUGCUUCCAGGAUAUGCAGUCAACCAUUCCUCCAACUUUUGGAGGAGGACCACCAUACCUUGUGCCACCUAGCUCGGUACUGCGUUGAUAUGGCGGACAAGGAUACAACGCAGAGGAAGCUGGACAAAAUCAAGUUCCUGAUAGUCCUCAAUUGCUACCACAACAGAAGGGCGCUCCUGUUUGGUCCAGACGCCACGACCAAAGACUGGUUCCGUGUCAUCGCCUCACCACGAGGUUGCGAUCCACUAUCUGUCGCUUUUUACUAUCUGUCGCGGAAUCCAACGUUGAUACUAGGGGGCUCUAUCGCGCCGCUCGACAAUAAGGCAACUUGA